AAUAAUAAUAAUAAUAAAAAAAUCUACAACCACCUUGGAUGCAAAAAAAAGAAGAAGAAGGGAGCACAGUGCAAUAGGAUGCCAGGAACGGGAAUGAAAAUGUCAACAGCCGCCUAUGUGGACCAUUUCGCUGCUGAGUGCCUUGUGUCUAUGUCCAGUCGUGCUAUUGUCCAUGCUCAUAAUGGGCUCCCUGAUGGGAAACGUGAAGCUAUUCCAGCAGAUCCCUCCACGGUCCUGGGAGAAGACAUGAGAGAGGCUGGGAAAGAUAAUGCAUCUCUGUUUCUGGUGGCCAGGAUUUUAGCUGAUCUCAACCAGCAAGUCCCAAGCCUCGCCGUCCACCCUGCCAGCCCAGAUAAGAUAAAGGCAGAGGAGAGCCUUUUGCCCACAGGGGAGCAGGAGGAUGAGGAUCUGGUAUCUCCAGCUAGCAAACAGGGAGACACAGAGGGCACACCCCCCCUCCAGCAGGAGCCAAGCCCUGUACAAAGAGCCAGGCGUGGGAAAAGCAGACUUGACCCUGAGUCACCCCUCAAAAAGCACAAGUGCCCCUACUCUGGCUGUGAAAAAGUUUAUGGCAAAUCAUCCCAUCUGAAAGCUCAUUUGAGGACACACACAGGUGAACGUCCAUUUGAAUGCAGUUGGGAAGAAUGCAACAAGAAAUUUGCCCGGUCGGACGAAUUGGCUCGACACUACCGCACACAUACUGGAGAGAAGAAAUUUAGCUGCCCGAUCUGUGAGAAGCGUUUUAUGCGUAGCGAUCACCUAACAAAGCAUGCCCGCCGUCACCCCAACUUUCAACACAGUAUGCUCAAGGGUCGAGGUGGUCUCAGCUCCAGGAACGGGUCUGUCAGCGACUACAGCCGUUCUGAUGCAUCUAGCCCGGCCAUAAGCCCAGCAAGCUCCCCUUAAAUCUACUUGCACUGGACAUUAGCACUUUUUUUCCUGCUAAUGUGGAACACUUUGUGAAACUGGCUUUUUUUUAUUAUAUGCAUUUAACAUUUUUUUUCCUUGUGUUUUUGUUUUCAAGUGAUUUGAUGAUUGCUUAUUUUAACCUAACAAAGCAGAUACCCUCUACCUUUAUAUAAAUGAAUAUCCAUUGUCGUUUUGAGUUUGUUUAUCGGCUGCCUUGCUCUUGGAUCUCCAGAAUUCUACAAGUCAUAAUUCUGUCUUCGAUCUUCAAAAUCCAAUACUUCCGCUAAUUACUACCUCCAGAUUUCCAUAAGUCUUCUGUUUUCAUUUAUCGAGGAUUCCAGAAAUCCAUCUCUUUUGUACUUUCAGAAUUCAAUAAGCCUCUGUUUAUGGACCUUUCAGAAAAUCUAUAUAAAUGCUUCCUUCAUGUCUCCAGAAUUUAAUCGUCUAAAUACUUGGGAGCUCCAGAAAUCCAAAUGUACAGUUCAUAUUCUAUUGCUUCUUUUUCUCCAGUUUCUUAAAAUACUUCAACCUUGUCUCAGCUUCAGCAAUCAAAAUAUAUACUUUACAAAAAUAAAAAAAGACACAAAUCUUAUAUAAACUAUUUUCUUCACCUCAGGACACAAAAAGAAAAAAAAAAAAGUUGCACAACAGAAGCAUUGGUCUACAGCUUAACCUUCAACAUGGUUGAAUUUCACCUCUUCUUCAAUAGUCCCCUCUCUCAGGGAUAUACGAGUACUAUGAAGUCACAUAUUUACUGCAGCCUUAUUCUGUGUCUUCAUUUUAUUUUUAAUUUGAAUUAUUAUAUGGGUUUUUUGUACUUAAGGUUUAGGCACAUUUAGAAAUGUCAGUCCAUAUCUCGCAUAUGGUACCCUUUUAAUUAUCUUUGGUAAACCUAUUUUUGUUGCAAUUUGAGGUUUUUCUGAUUUUAAUGUAUAUAGUCUAUGUCAAUAUGUACACACGUAUAUGUCACAUGGAUAAGUUUGUUUUGCUGCGACCUAACAUUUACUUAUUUUUACAGGAAAUUUAAUUAUUUCACGCUCAAUCAGGGCUGUUACGGAAACUUUACAAUGAGCAUUUUUAGCUUUGUUUUUUUUGUUUUUUUCUGAAUUCAGUGCACUUUCUUUACACACAAAUCAGGUCUCAAAUAAACAAAACGCCUCUUUACCAAGUCACUUGACGUAAGUGCCUGUGAAAGAAGCACUACAGCAAGGGAUUCAAAGAUGGAUGUUCAGCUGUGAAGGGGCUUCCGCUGCCAUAAAACAUUGCCGUCAGAGAGUUAUGGAGCUUGUAGCCCACUAAACACCUGUUCCAUAUUUGACCACCUCUGCACUACAGAGUCCAGAAGAGAAUCAUCGAUAUGGCAAUGCCCCACUGUACCUCAAUCUCCAGGAUUAAUUGUCUUGGGGGAUUCAAAUAAUCACCACAAUGUAGUUCACCAAAUAGUGCUUUACUAACUAGUUUAUUUAGAAAUGUCUAGAAAAGUAUCAUUUCUCGUUUUACCCUUAAAGGGAUAGAGGGAGAAAGUUCAUCAUGUGUCUCCCCAUCUUUCCCUUGAGGGUUAAACAAUGCAUUUGUACAGAUGUAGCCAAACUGAAAUUCACUAAUAUAAACCAGAAAACACAAGGACUUUACUAAUAAACACUGCAUCAGUAUUUAAAAAAAAAAAAAAAAAAACGCAGUAAAUUAAGGGGAAUAGGAGUUUGACCACACCUGUAUCAUACGGAGUUAGCUUGAACCUAUCCGCUUCAUUAAUAGGGCAUUGCACUUUGAGCGAUCAGUUGUGCUUUUGUAUUUACAGACAUAAAUAUAUAUAUAGAGAUACAUAUAAUAAAAACAAAAAACAAUAAACUGCAAUACGGUUUCAUAGCAGGAUCUAUGAAGCUUUUUCAUUUUCGGGAUCUUGCUUAUAGUCAAGGUACCGACCAUCGAUGCUCCUUAUUGACAUUAUACAUUUAUACUGUCCGUGACCUGUUCAAGGAGUGUGUACAGAUAUCAACAGCCUGUGAGUUUGAGUCCUAACAAAUUACUAAAAAGUACCUUAAAGGGAAAAUAAAUGAAACAUAAUUACAUUAACACUUCACGUUUUCUGCCGCCAUUUUCUAAAGAUGCACAGAUUAGUUUAGCGAGAGUGGGGAGCAGCUGUUUUGUUUUGUAUUUUCUAAAAAAAAUCUUCAUAUGAGUACCCCUUGGGGGGGCAUUAUCUCUAGUGAGAAAUAAAUAGACAAUCCUUUCGUUUUGAGUACUGUUAUUUCCAAUAUGGUGUAUUAAACAAGGUUCGGGGCUGCAGAACAGCUUCCCAUUGGCUGUUUUUGCAAUAUAUUACGACCAGUAGACCAUGCCCUGAUAAAAGUCCAUAGCAAUCAUUGCACUGUUUUUAUAGCAUUGUAACGCACGCAAGCUACCUCAGCUGUGAGAGUGUGGGGAGAUGGAGAAAAUGGCUGCUUACCAUAGUUUGAUUUGAAAGGAUUUGCUAGUCAAUACCAGGCAUUUUAAAAAAACACUGUAGUUUAAAAGAAAAAUGGUGACAGAAAGGCCGUUGUUUUCCAAGCAUCAUCCCCAACAUUUUUUUUUUCCUGAUCUGUUUUCCCUUUAAGGAACACUUAUUUUUAUAUAAAGAUAGAUUUGGGAAACAGUUCUAAUUAUUGUACUGACAGAAGGGUGAGGGAAAAAAAAGCUAUGAAGUAACAAAAAUGACUGUGGUCUCUUUUACGUUUAAGAUAUGAAAUAUAAAGUACGUAUUUCUUGUUAUCGUGCAGGUUAAAACCACUGCACGUUUGAAACCCUUCUUUUUUGGAAUAAUACAUCGCACUCUCUCAAGAGCUGUUGAACUACAAACCCCAUAAUUCUCUAUAAGCAUUAGGCUGAAAAGAAUUGUGAGAUCUGUAAUUCACCAUAAUCUUCAUCCGAAUAUUCAACACCCCCUGCCUUAUAUGUCCUCUUUACAAUCCAGAUGUAAAACUCCUCAAUUUUUGUAUGGGUCAGGAUCUGUUUCUGGACUGUGCACCCUCGGAACGAACUUCUAUUGCCAGUUGACAAACAUUUCUUACAGUCAUUUUCUUAAUGCCUCUAUAAAGACACGUUAAUCUUUCAUCUGGUGAUUUUGUUUUUUCUUUCCCAUAACCCAGAGUUAAAUGUUAUUCUCCUGUAUUUUCUUAAAUAUAUAUAUUAAAGUAGUAUCGCCUCUGGUCUUGAUCCUUUAAAUAAUGCAGGGUAGAUUACUGGAUUAUAUAUGUAGUUGUUGGACACCAGUUAAAUUAGGACGUAUACCUAUUUUGACAUCAAUGUUUGAUAUGUUGUAUGCAUUACCGAGGAGCACCUUCGGAGGCUGACAAAAAAUAGGUGUUCUAUAAAUAUUAUAUAGCGAGUUAAAGCAAAGAGAGAAUUUAUACAGACAUGGUGCCUAUCCUGUGUCUCUGCAGUCGCUGUUGUCAGGCAGAAUUUUUUUUAAGCAAUUGGAAAUCGAGAAAAAAACAUAUCUAACUGGAACUGCUGAAACACAUGUUUGGUACUCUUGAAUUAUCACCUAGCAGUUUGUGGGCAUUUGUACAUUCGAUUACAUAGAUGUUUUGUCGGGGCAUUUAGACUGCAUUAUUAUUUAUCAAUGUGGGCAAUUUUUGGUGCAAUUACAAGUUUUAAGAUUAUUAUUUUUUUUAUUUUAUUUUAUUUUAGU